AUGUUCGGCUUUUCGAGCGAUCCGAUCCAGAAAGUUGCCCAUGAGGAGCUUGACAAGGUCUUCUCCGGUAACAGCAUUGCCCCCUCUCCUCCGCUCUCCUCGUUCUCCUCUUCUCUGUCCCACCUCAUCUCCAAGCCCCUCGGCUCGGAAAUCCUCGCCGUCUCCGACGAAUGGUUCGCAGCCGCCGAGAACCUGACGACCCCCACCGCGCCCAUCCGCAAGGUCGGCGUCUUCACGCACGCGGGCGCAUGGUAUGAUGGCUGGGAGACACGCCGGCACAACCCCAACGAGUUCGACUGGGUCGUCAUCAAGCUGGGCGUGGCGUCGGGCAAGUUCCGCGGCUUCGAGGUCGACACGGCGCACUUCAGCGGCAACCACGCUCCCGAGAUCGCCGUGCAGGCCUUCUUCGCCGGCUCCAACGAGGAGGCCGACGAGAUGGUGAAAGACCCCGACUUCGGCGGCUGGGAGACGAUCCUGCCUAAGCAGGAGUGCGGCCCUAGCUGCCGCCAGGCCUGGAAGCUCGAGAAGGAGACCGAGAAGCCGUACACCCACGUCCGCCUGCAGAUGUUCCCCGACGGCGGCAUCGCGCGCUUCCGCGCGUUCGGCGUGCCCGUCCCCGUCUUCCCUGAGGGCGCCGACGACGUCUUCGACCUCGCCGCGGCGAAGAACGGCGGCGUGGCCGUCUCCUGCUCCGACCAGCACUUCGGCACCAAGGACAACCUGCUGCUGCCGGGCCGCGGCGUCGACAUGGGCGACGGCUGGGAGACGAAGCGCACGCGCGGCGAGCACAUCGACUGGGUCAUCGUCCGCCUCGGCACCCCCGGCGAGAUUGAUCGUGUGGUCGUCGACACGGCGCAUUUCCGCGGCAACUUCCCCAAGGAGUUUCAGAUUUUCGCGGGCGACUUUGGCAACAGCGACCCCGGCCACGACGACUCGAAGUGGGUCGAGAUUUUGGAGCCGACGGCCGCGAGGCCCGAUGAGGAGCAUGAGUUUGAGGCGGCGGAUUUGAAGGAUGUUGCGGUCAAGCAGUACACGCACGUCAAGCUGGUCAUUAUUCCUGAUGGUGGUGUCAAGAGGUUGAGGGUGUUUGGCAGGAGGAGGGCUUGGUAA